GUCUUGUUUCCUGUUUUUGCCGGCACUGCUGGUGAUGGUGAUGGUGAUGGAGGGAGGAGGAAGAGGAGGAAGAGGAGGGGGGGGCUGAUGUGUUUCUGAUGAUGGUGAUGAUGAUGCUGUGAGUCAGACAGCGGAGGGUUCAGCAUGUUCACAGCCGCUCCAGAGUAACAAUCCCCGGACACAGAGACGGACGACCCGCCUGCGGAGACACGGUCAGUUAUCCAGAGCAGCAGGCGGACUCCAACUCCCAGAAUGCCCGAGCAGAGUAACGACUACCGGGUGGUGGUGUUCGGAGCCGGCGGCGUCGGGAAGAGCUCGCUGGUCCUUCGGUUCGUCAAAGGCACCUUCAGAGACACCUACAUCCCCACCGUGGAGGACACAUACAGACAGGUGAUCAGCUGUGAUAAGAGCGUCUGCACACUGCAGAUCACCGACACCACAGGAAGUCACCAGUUUCCCGCCAUGCAGCGCCUCUCCAUCUCCAAGGGCCACGCCUUCAUCCUGGUCUUCUCCAUCACCAGCCGCCAAUCACUGGAGGAGCUCAAACCCAUAUACCAACAGGUCCUGGCCAUCAAAGGUACCGUGGAGUCCAUUCCCAUCAUGCUUGUGGGCAACAAGAGUGAUGAGACGGCCCAGCGCGAGGUGGAGGCGAAGGAGGCCGAGGCUCAGGCAACCGCCUGGAAGUGUGCCUUCAUGGAGACGUCGGCCAAGACCAACUCCAACGUGAAGGAACUGUUCCAGGAGCUGCUGUCCCUGGAGAAGAAACGGGACAUGAGCCUGAGCAUCGACGGCAAGCGCUCGGGAAAACAGAAACGAGCCGACAAGCUGAAGGGGAAGUGCAGCAUCAUGUAGAGCGAGCGGCGGCGGCAGAGUCGCUGUAGAGAUGUGGAACAGCAGAGGCAGGAAGGGAGGGGGGGGAGUCUGCUGAUAAACUCCAGUAGAGAAUCCCCCUCCCGCGAAUACGUCUUGGGUGGCUCUCCUCCGUCUGUCUGAACACUGAAGCCCAGAGGAACAAAAUAACGAGAAUGACUGAUAAUGGAUUUAUACCAGAGCCUCGGGGCUCCUCCUGGCCCUGAACUGGAUUGAGUUUGUGGCCCCAAAAUACUUUUAAUAAACAUAUACACCCCCAUUUAACUGCUACCACCAUAAAACUAAUAUUAUAACAAAGGAAUACUCCACUGAUUUUAUUGCGAAUCCUGAGCCAAAGCCAUGAAUGUAACUUGUAUUUAUAGAAGCAAAAGAUAGAUUGAACUUCAUUUAUCCAAAUGGAAAAUAGUGUAGAAUAAAACAUGCUCAAGCUCUGAUUUGUUUCAGCAGCUCCUACAAUUCCCAGGAUUUAUAGCAAACACUGAGAUGUAGUUGAAGUUCUGCACGGGUCUGAAGCUGAGACUCAAGCAGAGCUACAACCUGAGUCUUUAAGGCCCAACCCAAGUGGUACUGCCAAGUUUGAGACCCAGACUCAAACCGAAAGUUCUAGAUCUGUUUUAUUUUAUCAGUUACUAAACAUUAGGUUGCAAGACUAACGCAACACAUUGGGUACACUCUUGUCUGUUCAUAGUGGGCAUUGCCGACUUGCAACCCAACCUUGGCAAAGUGGCAAAGUCAGAAAAAAGAUAAAUUAGAAGAUACCUGAACCUGAACCCAGCCAGAGACCUGAGCUUUACCUAAACAAAAUGGGCCAAAACCAACUCGUCAGGUUCAGGUUGGACAGAACUCACAGACUCACGAUUUCAGGUUGACAGAAGGUACUGUCGUUAGCAGGUUGCUAACGAGAGUAUAAAUCCAUUCAAGAGAAGGACAGAGUUGCUAACUUUAGCUUAACAUCUGAUAGCAACAAGGCUUUUUCUAUCGUUAACCUGUAACCCCCAAAAAUCAUGGAGCUAGCUAAUGAUAUACUAACUCUUGGCCUUUGAUACAUUAAUGCUACAUUGAUACAUUCAUUACCUAUAUUAUAGUAAAGCUAGUUAGCUGGACAUGCUAAGGUAACAGCUUAAAUUAAAGCAGAGCAUCCUUAAACUUUUUACUCUUGUGAUUUUGGGAAGACUAAAAUGAGUCACCAUCCUCCAAACUUGCUAAGCUAAGACUGGACAAUCAUGGGGUUUACUGAAUUAGCAGUGGCUCGAACAUGAACGCAAAGAAAACAACUUUUCAGUUUGAAUUACUAAACGUUAUGCUAAUAUACUAGCCACUUAGUCGCCUUGCUACCAAGCAUACUUAUGCUUCACAGCCUUCACAUGCGGCUUGGCUGCCCCCUGGUGGUGGAGGGGGCAUUUGUUUUUAAUAAACGUUUUGCAUAUCUGCGACACAUCUUGUGAUUGUCUGCCUCGUGACUUUCCACCAUGUAUUGAUCAUAAAGGCAGCCGUUAAACAGCUACAGAUGAAGCUGUAAAACAGUGGAGUAUUCCUUUAUCUAAAAAGAUGAGUGACAUUUCCAUUAUGAUCUGUUCUUGGUGGCUGUGAUUGUAAACAAGACGUCUACACACGCUACCGUUCUUUACGUCCACAUGAUACAGAGCAGGGCGUCGAAUGAGCCGACAGACUGCAGAGGAAACGGCAGCAAAUGUCAAAAGGCUUUCCAAGAUUCUAACAAACACACGCCGGCUUUUCACUCUGUUUUAAUCGGUCAGACUCACCGGACACAUCAAUUUUCAUAGACAAGUACCUGCUGAGCAGCAACAGAUGAACAAACUAUUUACAGGUAUAUGAUUUAAAGGAACAUUGCAACAUUUUGCGAACCAUCUCCAGAGUCAGGGGUUUUCAGUUUCAUUUCUGUGUGUCCAUUGCAGACAGAUUUGUUUAGCCUAGCUUAGCAUAAAGACUGGAAGCAGGGGGAAACUGCUAGCCUAGCUCCAUCAAAUGUUAAAUGUUAGCAUUUAAGCCUGAAUUAAAAAGGCAGUAUUAAAAAAAAAAAAAACAUUUUCCAAAUUACGGAAGCCCUGAAAGGCAAGGCGAUAUAAAAAAUUG